AUGAAUACAAUGGAAAAAACAACAAGACAAGAAACAAAUAGUAAUGAAAAUCAGCAACAAUAUAUCAAUAAAGCACAAGAUCAACUUGUUAAAACACAAACACAUCGUCGACAACCAAGAGAUUAUGGACGAAUUUUUCGUGAAUGGAAUACGCCUGCUAAAUGGUAUCAAGCAGCUCCAGGAGCUCGUUCGAUUUAUUUCUAUGAUCCACAGUAUCAAAGAAAUCUUCAACAACAAUCAAAAAUAAUAACAAGAAAUAAUUCUCCUGUACGUACACCAGUUUCAAUUCGCACUCGAUCAGCAUCACGUGAUAAACAUCCUACCGGUGACUAUACAAAAAGACAUGAAAAAUGA